GUCAUUUCUGAAAACUAGCGUAGCUGCGGAAGCACAAGUUCAGUUUUAGGCGGUGGCAUCUCAUGACUGGACUUUUUCUUAAAAGGGGAAGACAGCAUGGGAGGAGGUUCAUCCAAAACUGAACCCAGCAAUGAAAAACAAAGACCCCACAUCACACCAGCUCCAACAGUCAGCCCUACAUCCUGCUCCAACAAAGAACUUCAUUUGGCCUUAGCCUUUCUUGCUGGCACUCUGCUGACACUGCUGCUGAUGGUCCUUGUCGUCCUCAUCGUAAAGAGCUACAGAAAAUGUCACUCUAGUCCCCAAGAUCUGGAUCCUCACUCAGAUCCCCUUGCCAAGUUAUCAUCCGUCCCAGAGGACACACUUACUUAUGCCAGCAUGACUUUCAAACUCUCGGAGGAAAAGAGAGACGACUUGUUUGCAAACCACCCUCUAGAUGUGAACUCCGUUGUCUAUGCUCAGAUUAAAGAGACAAACUCACCCUGAGUUUCCAAUAAGACUGUGAUCCAGUUUCCCUCACGUCAGCUCCAUGUACAUACAUCGCUUUCCUUUUUAGAAAUUUUGGACCACAGUCUGGAUGAAACUGCAGAUGGAGCUGUUUGGGUGUGACCUGGUGAUCUCAGCCAGGAGUUUUUGACCCAGGGUCAGUCUUUUCCCUGGCCUGAGGAAAGAUUGCUGGCCCUCCCACUCAGACUCACAGCUUGUAAGCCCCCUGAGGAUCGAGACUGCCUCCCUUUGUCCCCUUCCAAAGUGUGUGGCACAGGCUCAGUGCACCAAGAGUGUUCACUCAAUGUCAUUGAUCAACUUGGGAGGAGUCAAGCAAAUGAACAAUCUACCAAGAAUUACAAAUAAAAGCAAGCCCUCUGCAAUGUUGGCUCCUUCUUCAUUGUGUCCCUGUUACCUCCAGAGAUCAGGACCACAAUCCACAGCUCAUGCACAGCCAGAAAAGACUAACACAGGUGA